UGAGGGUUGGUAGAGCUCGGGGAUGUGGAAAUUCGUGACACCUGGGCAGAAGCUGCAGCUGGCCCCUGGAGAUGUGAUGGAGCCAUUUGAACUCCUGCUGGAGACGGAGCAGGGGCAGUAACCCCGGAGAGCACAGGCACAUGCCAGGAGCCAGGAUGCGAGGAUGACGUCUCCGGAGGCCCUGGCCUCCCUCCCGCCUGGGUGCUAGGAGCCGUCCCCGGCCUCUAGCUGGGAGCCCUGCCGCCCAGGGGCAUGGCCAAACCUUUCUUUCGACUCCAGAAGUUUCUCCGCUGCACGCAGUUCCUGCUCUUCUUCCUCACGGCUGCCUACCUGAUGACCGGCAGCCUGCUGCUGCUGCAGCGUGCCCGAGUGGCCGUCCCACAGGUCCCCCGGGCGCCUGGCCCCCUGCAGGCCUUGCCAGUGGCCGCCGUGGCACUGGGCAUGGGCCUGCUGGACAGCAGAGCCCUGCAUGACACCCGCGUCAGCCCAGAGCUGCUGCUUGGUGUGGACGUGCUGCGCAGCCCCCUGGCUCGGCCCCGACUUGGACCCCGCUGGCUCCGGAGCCGCAACUCAGAGCUGCGCCAGCUUCGGCGCCGCUGGUUCCACCACUUCGUGGGAGACCCCCAGGGGCCACCUGCUCUGGGCCCUGAGGCCUCCAGGCCAGCUGCCCACAGCCAAGGCACGUACGUUGGAUGCUUCAGUGACAACAGCCAGGAGAGAAUUCUGAAGGGGGCCGUGUUUUAUGACUUGAGGAAGAUGACUGUCUCCCACUGCCAGGAUGCAUGUGCCGAGCGGUCCUAUGUCUAUGCCGGCUUGGAGGCUGGUGCAGAGUGCUACUGCGGGAACCGGCUCCCGGCGGUGAGCGUGGGGCUGGAGGAGUGUAACCACGAGUGCAAAGGGGAGAAGGGCUCCGUGUGCGGGGCCGUGGGCCGGCUCUCUGUGUACCGUGUGGAGGAGCUACAGCCGGGCUCCAGAAAGAGGCGGACUGCCACCUACCGUGGGUGCUUCCAGCUGCCAGAGAACAUCACACAAGCCUUCCCCAACUCCCUGAUACAGGCUAAUGUGACCGUGGAGAUGUGCUCGGGAUUUUGUUCCCAUAAAGAGUUCCCCUUGGCCAUCCUCAGGGGCUGGGAGUGCUACUGUGCUUACCCCACCCCCCAGUUCAGCCUGCGGGAUGCUGCAGACAGCUCACUAUGUGACCAGGACCCUGAGGCGCGGAGGCUGGCGGAUUACUGUGAGGUCUACCAGACACCCGUGCAAGACACUCGGUGCACAGACAGGAGGUUCCUGCCCACUAAAUCCAAAGUGUUUGUGGCUUUGUCGAGCUUCCCAGGAGCUGGGAACACAUGGGCGAGACACCUCAUCGAGCACGCCACAGGCUUCUACACAGGGAGCUACUACUUUGAUGGAACCCUCUACAACAAAGGGUUCAAGGGUGAGAAGGACCACUGGCGGAGCCGGCGCACUAUCUGUGUAAAGACCCAUGAGAGCGGCAGGAGGGAGAUCGAGAUGUUUGACUCAGCCAUCCUGCUGAUCCGGAACCCGUACCGAUCCCUCGUGGCUGAAUUCAACAGGAAAUGUGCGGGGCACUUGGGCUACGCAGCAGACCGCAACUGGAAGAGCAAAGAGUGGCCGGACUUCGUCAACAGCUACGCCUCAUGGUGGUCCUCGCACGUCCUGGACUGGCUCAAGUACGGGAAGCGGCUGCUGGUGGUGCACUACGAGGAGCUGCGGCACAGCCUGGUGCCCACGCUGCGGGAGAUGGUGGCCUUCCUCAACGUGUCCGUGAGCGACGAACGGCUGCUGUGCGUCGAGAACAACAAGGAGGGCAGCUUCCGGCGGCGCGGCCGGCGCCCUCCCGAGCCGGAGCCCUUCACCCCGGAGAUGAAGGACUUGAUCGAUGGCUACAUCCGGACAGUGGACCAGGCCCUGCGGGACCACAACUGGGCUGGGCUGCCCAGGGAGUACGUGCCCAGAUGAUAGGCUCCGGCUGCACCACCCGCCCCGCCGAGGCUCGAUUGCACCAUGGGCUUCACAACGUGCUCACACCCAGGCCCAGCCUCGCGGGACGCACGGCCAGCAGGAAGGCCCGUGGGAGUGCUGCCUCAUGUGCAGGGACACCUGGACACAAGCCCGCCCAGAUAGACACACUUCACAGGACAGACACAAAUGGACACACUCCCAGCCAGACCCCCACACACUCUCAGACACACUCAGACACCGCUCCAUGCUCACAGUGCUCAUAUUGACACACCUAAGCCACCCAGUGGGGUGUGCUAGACAGUCCCAGACUUGCAUAUGCCAGGGUACAUGCUCCUAGAGGCUGGCUGUCUCUCUCGCACACAGAUGCACAUGCACCCUGGGUUCUUGGAGGCCUCAGAUUUCCUGCCUCCAGCCCGGGCACAUGCUUGUUCCUCAGUGUCCUUGACUCUGGGGUGCUGGGCUGGGUGGGCAUUUGUGCCUCGAGCAGCAAGGAUCAGCAGGUGGAGGUGGGUGUAGAGACUGUUGCUGCUGGGCUGUGCGGUCCUGACUGCGUGUCUGACAUCCCAUAAA